GGCCUUCUGAUAAUGUAAUAACUCGGAAGUCAGACAAACGUAGAGCAAGUGUAUUGGCCGGCAAGCACGCCAUGGAUUCGACUCAAGCCUGGCCGUUCCAUCAGUUUAGUGAACACGCGGAUACAGGUCGUCCCGAAUCUGCAAAGCCCGCAAAAGACGAAAAGUUUCAUGUGAGCGAAAGUAUGAAGCAAUUGCUCAGACUGCCAAGUGAUGACGACUGGGAUGGGGAAGCCCCGCCCUACGUCACAACCGUUGGCAGACCGGUGAAUGUAAACAACCAUAUCGUACUGGUGGGAAAGUUUAAAAACCCCGACGGUACAGUCAGAAAAGCAGUUGUGCUUGGGACGUUGCACGCAAAACCAGUGGAGCAUGUCGGGUCAGGUGACUCAGUGAUGACGUUGCCAUCUGACAUGAUACCGGGUAUUGACCGAACUUUGGCACGAGAGAAAGGUUUUGAAAUUGUGAAUGAAGAUCUUGAGGCUGACGCAGUUGACGGUGAGUAUGGGGAACCACCGAAGUUGAGAUUCAUUGUACCGUUCCGUAAUCUGAUGCGAAAAGUACGGAACCGUUUCCGACCAAGAAGCCGGAAGUGGCUUUCCGAUAGUGGGAUUAGUACAAACUAUGAAGUGAAUAUUGAAGAUGAAAUAGAAGAGAAUGUUGCACAAAAAGAAGAAGGCGCGUUUGAGAGUGGAUUUGAAUCAGAGGACGAAACAGAUGAAGAGAUUUCGCUUUCUAAGUUGGAUAUGUCUCUUCCGUUGGUAAUUGGGCGUGGCAAGCGUAGGAGCACCAAAACGUUGUGUCCGAAACCCGAGACAUGUCCGUAUGAAACAUUGAAUAAUACCCUGAACGUAAUUCCCACUUUGGAAAGUAAACCGCCAUCCAGAGGCAAAGUGUGGAAGAAAUAUAACGAGUUGUUGACGGAGAUAAAUAAAGAAACAGAAAAAGACAAAGAAGAAUGGACGAAGACGGUUGAUAUCCCUGCGAAACCGACGUAUGAUUUGACCAUUGAUCAGAUAACUUGCGAAGCCGAAAUAGAAAGAGAAAAUCGAACCAUUAAAAAUGGGUUAAGGAAUCUACGUGAUUGUGCGAGUGUUUCUUCCAAUGAGUCAGUAUGUAGGUACUCGGGUGGCUUUUUCGAUGGAAAUGGUGGAGUUCACAAUCGACCGCCUGCGGACAAAUCUUACUACUCUUACAACACCAACAGUAAGUUUUAUAAAAAGCUGGUCGGAGUCGUAAAGGGAUGGGUUGAGGUUGGGGCUCGUGGGUUAAGGGGUAAGAAUAAUCUACAAGAUGCUGAGAACAUCUACGACGAUGUAGCGACGGAAUCUAUUAUUCAAGCGUACGAUGCGGGGCAGGAGUUAUUUGGUGGGCAGUACAGUGAAUCAAGGGAAAGUACGGAAGAAGAAUCGACGGAGGAUUAUAGUGGUACUACCGAAACACCGACCCUGGAUGGCGAGUCCUCUUCUCUAACAAACGAUUCUUCAAAGACAUCAGAGACAACUGAGUCUUCUUCUUCGUCCAAUUCCAAAGAUACGUCUACCUCUACCGAUUCAACAUCUCACAGUGAGAGUUCAAGUGAGGUUAUUUCGACAAAGAAAAGCAGUCUUUCUGUUGCGACCUCAAACGAACAGUCGUCGCAAUCGUCGGCUGCGAACAGCACGCCAAUUGUUUCCAGCGAUCAGUCAAGUGAGUCCCAUCAAACAGAUUCGGGCUCAAGCAGUCAAAAGUCUACCACCGUAGGUGCCAGUUUAACAAAACCAAUCAGCGACAGUUCGAGCAGAUCCAAAUCAACUAGUGCUGUUUCGAAUUCAACAAAUUCAGGCAGUGCGAGUUCGAAAACUACAAAUUCAGAAAAUGCAAGUUCGAGUACUAACAAAAUCAGACUAGCAAAUCUGCUGAUAGUCGUAGCUCCUCACCAUCGGUUGAGCUUUCAGGUUCUAAUAAAACGACCAGCAAAUCUGCUGCUUCUGAUGACAAAACAUCUGAAAAAACUGAGACGGCCUCUCGCCACAGCAAACUAGCAUCAGGGUCUA